UGCCCGCGACGUUAACGACGGCGACACCGCCUUUGUCGACGAGUGAAACUCGUUGUAAAGGCACGCGUCAGCGCGGCGCGAUACUUGACCGGCGGCCUCGUCACUCUCGUUUCCGAGCGUGGGGAAGAGGUGUGGUCAACCGAAAGUUGAUUUCGCUCCGCGGCCAAUUCUGAGAAUCGGCUCACGGCGCGAUACGAAGCACACGUGAACUAAAGGAGUGCUUCGGUAACUUCGGACGUAACGCCAGCAGAGCCCUCGGCGCGAUCCGCACCCCGCGCGCACAAGGUGGACAUGGACACGACUAGGAUGCAAGAUCUGGAGGAACAAGCCCUCGAGGCUCGUUCCAGGAGGCAGUUCGAGAAGCUCGAGGAGAAGAUCCAAAAACGUCAGCUCCUCGAGGGCCGCCUCCUCGAGGCGGAGCGCGAGUUCAGGGAAGAGAAGAGCGUCCGCAAGGAGCUCGAAGAGGUUCGCGACGAGAUGAACCGGCGACUUACGGAAUCCACGAGCACCCGCCUCGGCGCGGAGAAGACCGCGAAGGACUACAAGCACCUCGAGAGGGAGAUUGCGGACGUUCAGAACUCGAUCGCGCAUCUCGAAGGCUCCGUCAUGCCCGAGUUGCACAAGGAACUCGCGAGAAUCCGCGCGAAGGCGAAGCAGGACAAGGAUGCGCUCGCGAAUUUCGACGGCGGCUCGCACGAGCGACACGUCCUCGAGAUGGAGCGGAUCGAAGCGAAGCGACAGAUGGAAGAGCAGCUUCACGCGCUCGGCGUGCAAGUCGCGCGCCUCGGCGAAGCCGUCACCGCGAGCGAUAAGAUCAGCGAGAGAGACUCCGAGACGAUGAAGGGUUUGCUCAACGACGGCUCGAAGAUGCUGAACGCCGCGCACGCGGACGUGCUGACGCGAAAAGGCGAGCUCAAGAACAUCGACGAGCGGCUCGUGAGGAUCAUGAAGAACCUCGAUCGCACCACGGAGGCGCACAAGGAAAUGAGGAACAACCUUGUCAACGGGCACCAAACCCUGAACGACUUCAAGGAGAAGGAUGAGCUGGAGGACCGUUACAUGCACCGCCGCCUCGCGCAGCCGUACAUGCGCGAGGAGCUCAAGGGCACGUCGCUCCCGAAGAUGAUGGCGACGUUGAACAUCGCGUUGCCGAAGAAAAUCGAACCGAUGAACAUCAACGCCCUCACCGUGGAUGAAAUGAUCGAGAGGCAGAUGGCGGAGGAGCAGCAGGACAAACUCCAGGAAGCACUCGACAACGCGCUCGCGGAUGUCAAAGUCCCGUCCGAUCCGUUAAACGAGCUGAACGGCAACACCGUGGCAGGCACGCUCCAGGAUACGCUCAAACCGGACGUCAGCGAAGGCGAGAUCCUCGUGGGCAAAUCCCUGGAGCUUCUUCAGAAGAUGAAGGAGACCGCGAGCGAGUCUACGUCUCGCGUGAACAACCAGGUUGACUAUUACCAGCGAACGCUCGCUCAACUCGACAAGGAGAUCGCAUUGGCUUCCAAACACCUCAAGGAUGGCGACCUCACGAAGUGGGACGAGCAAAUUCCUCAAGAAGUCGCGAUCGACGCCCAACUUACGAGGCUGGGCGGCGGUAAAGCGAAGAAGCACGUGAAGGGCAAGACCCUCCUCGAACUUUUCCACUACUACGAUCAAGACGGGAACGGUUUCGUGAACAAGGGCGAGCUCAUUUGCAUUCUUUCCGACGUUGGCGUUUUGGGAGGUCUCACCCCGGACGACGCCUCCAACGCGGUCGAUAUGGCAUGGGCCGCCGCGGACGACAACGGAGACGGAGGUAUCACGUACAAGGAGUUCGCGAAGUUCAUGUCUGGUUUCAAGAACGUGAAGCCGCGUAAGACGCUCCCGACCAACAUCCCGGAAAAGUUCCUGAACGAGGACGACUCGCUGUUCCAGGUGUACCUUCAGCACUGCUCGAAGAAGUACCCCCAAGAGAUGGGUUCCGCGCAGUUCGUUCGCGCUUGCCGCAAGGCUAAUUUCAUCGACGCGAUGUGCACCGCGAGCGCGUGCUGCAUCGUCUUCGCGAAGUCUCGCGAGGAGUUGCAGAAGCGCAUCAAGUUCCCCGGCUUUCUUCGCGCGCUUGCGCAGAUCGCGUCCAUGAAAAGCAUGAAUUUCGAAGCCGUCGCGAAUCAAUUCGAACGUGAUGCAUUGUUGUACCCCAUCGCCGUGCACAAGGACCGAAAAUUGUUCGAGGGUAUGAACGACGAAGCGCCCACGGACGAUGACGCGCCCUUGACGACGACGAGGUUCCGACCAGAAGAUGACGAUGCCAUCCCCACGCUCACUCCCGCGGCCGGCCCAAUGGCGUCUACGAAACCUAAACCGAUCCCCACUGUCAAGGCGACGCCGAGUUCCGUCGCGGACUCUACUUCUGAAGCCCUGAAGGACCUGCAAAAGCGCUCGAAGCCCGUGGACAUGAAAUCCUGGGACACGAAACAAGCGAUCGACGACGUCGGACAGGCGCCUGUGCCGAAGUCCAUGGUCGAGGCGUCGGGGAAGAGGAUGUCCGUCCGCGACUUGUACAACACGUACGACAAUGACGGCGACGGAGGCCUCGACAUGGAUGAGAUGUCCGCGCUCAUCACGGAGAUGGAGCUCGUGAAGGGUUUGUCCGCGGAGGACGCCCAGGUUGUUCUCGGGGAGUACUUCAAAAACGCGGAUGCGGACGGCGAUGGGAAAAUCAGCUUCGACGAGUUCGCGCUGUUCUACAUCGACCUUCAGAAGAUCAAAAAGUCAGGAACCUCGAACCUCGCGGUGAAGAUCCCGAAGGGACUGAAGCAAAACGCGGAGUUUAAGGCGCUGUACGUUGACCACUGCUCGUACGGGAAGGGGCUCAAGAAGAUCGACGAGAUGGACGGCGCCGCGUUCGCGAGAAUGUUCAAGAAUGCCAACAUGCUCGAUAAGAAUUUCACGUCGACGGCCGUUGACAUCAUAUUCACGAAGUCGAAGGAGAAGACGAAGCGAAAGAUCACGUACGCGCAGUUCUUGAGCUCCCUUGGCCUCGUCUGUGCGCACAAGGGGAUUGAAUACACGGACUUGGUGAAUGUGCUCACCGAGACUGGUCCGCCCACGGCGAGCGGUGCGGCCGGGCCGGGGGUUUCCAAGCCGGAGCCAGCGAAGAGAGCGAAGCCAGCGAAGUCGGGCCCAUUGCACCCGAAGCCCUCCGCGCCGGUCGCAGCUUUGAUCGCCAAGGUUGGUGAGGAGGGAGAUGCCGCCUCGGAUUUGCCCGAGCCCAAGCCGGUGUUGAACAAGGCUGGCAAGCGGAUGUCUAUUCGGGAGAUGUACAACGCGUAUGGACCGGAUGGUCUGAAGGAGCCUGCGUUCGCUAAACUUUUCCAGGAUUUGGGGCUGCCCGCGGACAAGGCGUCGGCGACGUUCGUGAAGUCUGACGUCAACGGCGAUGGCCAGCUCGACUUCAACGAGUUCACGGCGUUUUACAACAGCCUCAAGGGUGGUAAACAACGACCGGGAAGCGUGCUCGCUGCUCCCGUGCCUGUCGAGUUCAAAAAAAAUAAAGAGUUCAAGGAGUUGUUCAUCGCCCACUGCUCUUACGGGAAGGGGCAGAACAAGAUCGAGGAACUGGACGGUGCGGCGUUCUCGAGGAUUUUCAAAAACGCGGGUCUUUUCGACGCGAAGUUAUCCGCCACGAGCGUGGACAUCAUCUUCACGAAGGUGAAGGCGAAGUCCGCGAGGAAGAUUAAGUACGACGAGUACUUGAGCGGUCUCGCGCAAGCUGCGGCGACGCUUGGGAUUACGUUCGAAGAGCUCGCGGAGAAGCUCACCGCGAAAGGUCCGCCGUAAGCACGCUUCGUAGUUCGCGCAUCUGAAGCGACACGGUCAACUCGGCGCAGUUCAGCCUUCGCUCGAUGCGAUUACUCGGUUGUGUGUGUGCGUGCGUGGUCGAGCAUCACAACUUAAGAGAUAGAACUGAGUAUGUAAAUAUAUAAUCGUCCAAUUUCAU